UAAUUUAUACCCAAUAUCGGGUCCUCAAGCAUGCUCCUUGCAUUAUCAGCAGAGAUUAUUUCGGCAAAGAAAGGGGUUCCACACGAUUAGCGCCACCAGAAUGGGUUCCAAUCGAAAACAAGAUUUACGAUCCCGAUCGCCAGCAGAUUUAGAUUUAUAUAAUGCAAACGCGCUGGUAUUUUCGGGAGAGGACUAUUUGGCAUUCAGUCGGUCUAGUCAUUCGAUUUGUGCGCUUGAUUUCGAAUUCUUGUCUACAGCAACGGAAAUCUAAAACGUCUUAAGAGGCUGAAAAUCAAAUCGCGACUGAUACUGGGAAAUGAAUGGCGACUUGUUUUUCGGACUUUUGCGGUGUUUGCGCCAGCAAUCGGCGAAACCGGCAGCGGUAAUGGGCCAAAAGGAGGAGCAGCUCCAGGCGGUGCACGGCCACCACAUGCUCAAGGACAUGUCCAAGGGCGGCCGGGAUACCACCGUCAAGAUACUGCUACUAGGCACCGCCGAGUCCGGCAAAACCACCAUCAUAAAACAGAUGCGCAUACUGCAUAUCAAUGGAUUUACAGACGAUGAGCGGCGGGAGAAGAUCCCCGAGAUCUAUCAGAACAUCCACGAAUCCAUUCUACAACUUGUGGCCCAAAUGGGACUGAUGGGAAUCGAUUUCGGUAGCUGUACCAGCGAGCGAUCGGCCGACUAUAUCCUCUCCCUGCCCGGUUCGGCCCCCGAAUACUUGAAUGAGGAGUACUGCGACCACGUCACUACUCUGUGGAACGAUGUGGGCAUUCGCGCCUGCUACGAUCGCUCGAGUGAAUUCCCCCUGCUGGACAGCGCUAAAUACUUCCUGGACAACUUUGUGAGGAUCAGCGAUGCUGAGUACAUACCCAGCACCGAGGACAUCCUGCACAGUCGGAAGAUAACCACCGGCAUCUCGCAGAUCACGUUCCGUGUGCCCAUUCCCAAGAGCAUGGGUGGUGGCGAACAGGAGUUCCGCAUGUACGAUGUCGGCGGCCAGAGGGAUCAGCGGAACAAGUGGAUCCAGGUGUUCGAGGGGAUACAGGCGGUGCUGUUCCUGAUCUCGUGCAGCGAAUUCGACCAGAAUCUGCGCGAGGAUCCCAGCCAGAAUCGGCUGCAGGAGGCUCUGAAACUAUUCCGGGCCGUGUGGCAGAAUCGCUUCCUCGCCUCCGCCGGACUGAUCGUGUUCCUCAACAAGUACGACAUCAUGGAGCGGAAGAUUCGGGCCGGAAAGCAUAUUGUGGACUACUUUCCCGAGUACGAGGAGUUCUGCAAGCGGCCGCAGCAGGACAAUUGCUUCGACGAGAGCGACUGGACGAAGAUGUUCAUCAAGCAGAAGCUGGUGGACAUCACCCAGGAGCCCUUCAAGCGCCACUCGCGGAAUCAGGUGGAUCUGGGUACCUCGGAAAGGGAGUGCUACUACCACUUCACCGUCGCCACCUCGACGCGCUGCAUCCGAGACGUCUUCUGCGACGUCCAGAAGAUGAUCCUAUCGGACAAUGUGUCCGGCAUGGGACUCCUCUAGUUCUGAUCUGUAACCGGAUCGGAGAGCUUCUCAACAAAAAUAAGGGGGGCCAACCACAGCCCCCACCAACUGUGAUCUAGUAGGGUAUGACUUAAGUAGCCAUGUAGGACCUUAGAUCGUAGUGGCAUUGUAGGUUAUACGUUGCCUGGUAUAACGCUUUAAUAUGUUUAUAUAUAUGUUAAGAUGCAAGGAUAUAGAAGUAGGCUCUCAAGAAAAGCUCUCACCACUAUUUCAACUACUGUGUAAACUCCAAAAGAAUAUAGUAUUUAUAAU